UUGCGAAUAAUUGAAAGAUACUUAUGCAGCCAAUGUUGCUAACCUGUAUAUAUCGUCUUAACCAAAUAUUUUACAAAUCCAAGGAAGGUAACAAUCCAAUAACAAUCACAUACCUUGAACAAUUUCAUCGAUAGGUCAGUUAAAUAUUUUCCAGUGUUGCAAUUAAACAAACACAAAACAGCAAACGAUGAGACAUCCCUUUUUCCUGGCACGCACUGUGCUCGUGCGCAACAACGACGUCGACUCUGCUUGCAAAGUACUCAACCGGAUCCUCGGCAAGGAAGGCAUUCUUGAUCAGUUCAGAAGAACGCGUUAUUAUGAGAAACCUUUUCAAUUUCGGCGGCGCAUCAACUACGAACGCUGCAAGGCAAUCUACAAUGAAGAUAUGGACCGCAAAAUUCAAUUUGUGCUCCGAAAGAACCGCACGGAUCCUUACCCCGGCUGUUUGUAGACCAUUUGUCCAAACACAAAAAGAUCCACCAGUUUUAUGUCUUUACUGAUUAAUAGUAAUUGUGUUAUAUAGGAAUUAAUAGUUA